CGCACUUUGGCGGCGCGGCCGACGACCCGUCGUACCGCGCGCAACGGUACGCGGCCGAGUACAACCCGUUCUUGGCGGCCGCGACGACGGCGGUGCCGCAAAGCCAUCACUACCCGGCGACCGCGGCCUAUCCACCCGGAUUUUCCACUCACGGGUUUAACCCCAUCAUGAUGGUGCCCAAGAUCGCCACCAGUCCCGUGUACGUGGCCACGUCUCCCGAGUCAAACCCGUUCUACGAAUACGUGUCGGCCUACGAUUUCUGUCGAUACCCGUACUACGGCGGCGGCGGCGGCGUCCACUCGGAACGGCUGUCCCCGGAAUCGACCACGGUGGACGCCAAUCCUCUGGCGUCCGGCGGCGACGACCUGCGCGACGUCGACCCGGACGAGAUAGCCGCCAUAUACAAGCAGUCGGACUUUGUGGCGUUCAGGCAACGGUACCUGGAGAGCCUGGGACCGCCGAAAAACUUUGAAAAGAUGCGCCGGUCGGUGCCCAACAAAAAGCCGCCGGGACCGGACGGACAGCAGUGCGAUACAUACGUUAUGAAGCGCAAAAAAAAUAACGAAGCAGCCAAGCGGUCGAGAGACGCGAAGCGGCAGAAAUACGUAGAAAAUCAGAUUAGCGUUAUGUACCUGACGAAAAAAGUUAGCGAAAUGAAGGAGAUUAAGCGGAGGCUCCUCAUGUCCAUGUGAUGCACGGUAAUAAUUCGUUAACGGGUUUCUAGAGUUAAGGCAUUCUAGUCUAUUAUUUUUAUCAUGUCGUGUAUGACACACAUAACACGCCGCCGGCACAUGAAAAACGACAUCAUGGUUUUCCAUUUGUACUAUUAAUUUUCUUUUGGUUUUUCAAUUAUUAAUUUAUUGUGUUCUUCGACUAUUAUUUAUAUCAACAAAAAUUAUUUUUUGCGACAAAGAAAAAACACUUAUUUUUUAGCUUCUACUUAUUAAGUGUGACUUGAAAUAUUAUUAAUAUAAUUUUGUACGGCUUUUAACGUAGUUUUUUCAAAAAAAACCUCACAAUUAUUAAUUGCAAUUAAUUUAUGUAAUUUAUAUUACGUUUAGCUAUUAACAUUAGCUAAUUUUUCUAUUGUCUA